AGCAAGAUGAGUCUUCCUGCAGUACUGAUGUUGCCAGUCUUGCUACGGUCACAAUGACCAUUACCACCACCGUUACGCCUGCCGCGGCCAGUACUGCUGCCUCCUCGGCCGCUACCAAGGCGGUCUCCUCGUCUGGUAGCAGCUCCAGCAGCUCCGGUUCGAGCAGUUCUAGUUCAAAGAGUUCUGGUUCGAGUAGCUCGAGCUCCAAAUCGGGUUCCUCUUCCAAGUCCAGCAGUUCGAGCUCUGGUUCGAGUUCCAGCGGAUCUAAGAGCAGUUCGACAACGACUUCUUCCGCUGCUAUCGCGUCUGUGACCGGUGGUAACACCGCUGCAUCUACCUCGAGUGGCAACUCUGGUGACCUCCAGACCGCCUUGACCCUUGACUCUUCUGUCAUCGCAACCGGGUUCGAGCAGGAUGGCCAGGCAAACGCCACAGCCGGCCAAGUCGCCUCCUUGACCUCCAGCAACAACUUUAUCAACUUCUGCGCCACAACCAACCUCCCUAUCACCAACGGCAAGCAGAUCACCACCGGUUCGUGCAACCCCGCACCCAUGGGUGUCAUCGCCGCUAGCACCAACAUCCCCUCCUCGAAGUUCUCCAACCCUCCCAACUUUGGCACCAUCGCCGCGAACACCGACUUUGACAUUGUCAUGAACGUCAAGAACCUCGAGCUCGGCAACUUCGUGAACGCGGCGUCGAACUAUUACUCCGCUCCUCAGCAGGUCAACUCGCAGGGGAACAUCGUCGGACAUACCCACGUGGUGGUCGAACAGUUGAGCAGCUUGACGCAGACGACGCCCACGGAUCCGACGAAGUUUGCGUUCUUCAAGGGUGUUGACGGGGCUGCGGUCAAUGGCGCGGUUAGUGUGACUGUGACGGGUGGAUUGCCGGCUGGUGUGUACAAGCUUUCGAGCAUCAACUCGGCGGCGAACCAUCAGCCUGUGCAAGUCCGGAAAGGGCUCCAAGUCCGCUUCUGCUUCUGCCUCCGCCUCCGCUCCUGCCACAGAUGCCGCGACCGCCUCUGCUUCUGCUUCCAAGGGUGCCGCGACUGCCUCUGCUUCUGCCUCUGCCUCUAAGGACGCCGCUACCGCCACUGCCUCUGUAAAGGCUACCGACUCCAAGAGCGCUUCCGCUUCCGCAUCGACUUCCAACUCCAAGAGCGCGUCUGCGUCUGCCUCCAAGGAUGCAGCUACCGCAUCUUCGAAGGCUACCGAUGCCUCGAGCGCUGCAGCUUCGGCUACCGACGCCGCGAGUGCUUCGGCCUCCGAGUCCGCGGCUGCGACGGAGAGCGCUGCUGCGAGCGGGAAGGACGACAAGAAGAGCAGCAAGGAUAGGAGGAUGAUCAAGUCGAGGAUCUCGAGGUUGUAGACGCCAUUUCGACGUCUCAAUGCCUUGAUGGUCUAACCUUCCCAUACGCCUAUACCUCUCCUCUCCUCUUCCUCAAUUCUCUUUUCAUUUCUUGCUGGAUACCCUUUCCUUGUUGUAUGAGUAUUGCGUGGUCAUUUGCUUUCUAGAGUUCGUCGCAAUUCAUUUAUUGGUUACUGUCCCCUUUCACUUUUCGGUUUCUCUCCUCAUUGUUUUGUGCUUGUCGUGUUUUUGGUGUUCCUGCAUUGCGUGUUUCCGUCGACUUAUCUGCCUCCCUU